AUGUACAUCACCGCCCCUGAUGUUACCCAUUCAGUGGGUCUUUUGUAUAUAGUUCCAGUGGGUGGUUCAGCCGCUAGAUCUCAUGGGCGUUGGGCAGCCCAGUACCGGUGGAGGGCAUUGCCUCGGAGGCAAGGUUGGUAUCUGCUACGGCUGCAAGCCCGCAACGCCGAUGACCUGCCGGCGCCGGACAAGGUGGUGCAGCUCAUCCAGCAGCAGUCGCUCAAGUACGCGCGCAUCUACGACACCAACAUCGACGUCAUCAAGGCCUUCGCCAACACCGGCGUCGAGCUCAUGGUCGGCGUCCCCAACUCCGACCUCCUCCCCUUCGCGCCGUUUUCAAUGAGAACAAGAAACCGGAAAUUGAAUCUGAGAGGAACUGGGGGCUGUUCUUCCCUGACCAAAGCUCUAUAUACAGUAUAGGUUCUUGAGCUUCACGAAGCUCGGCAUCACGCCGGCGAACUUGUUGCCGUAGAGGAGUAUCUCAGCCAAGGCGCUGCAUUUGGUCAGGUUGUCCACGAACUCCCAGCCGCCGCCGGCGUCGAUCGCCGUGAGCUUGUUGUUCGACAGCUCCAGCGACAGCGCGCAGAGCGUGCCGAUCUCGGCGGGCACCUGCCCGGCGAAGCUGUUAUUUGCGAGGUUGAGAGCCACCAGCGCCGUGGCGUUCGACAGCGACGCCGGGAUAGGGUGGGCAGAAUAAAACCGAACUGAAGAACCAAACCGAAAAGACCGGACGAAAAAACCGAGACCGAGAAAUUCGGUCUCAACCAUUAAGACCGAAAUUUGUUCGGUUAAUUCGGUCAGGGUCUCAAUUAACCGAAUUGACCGAAAUAACCGAAUUGGGUCCAAUAGAUCUUGUUGGCCCAAUAAGCCCACUAAUUUAGAAGAAACCCUAGAGGCAAACCGAUCCCCAUCCAUUUCACAUGUGCGCCGCCGUCCCCAUCUGACCAUCCCCAUCCUCCUGUGCGCCGUCCCCAUCCCCAUCCCCAUCCUCCUUUGCACCUUCGCGCCGCCUCUUGACCGCAUCAGCGUGCGCCUCUCGCCUCCGCCUCCAUCGCCGCCCGUGCGCCGCCUCCAACCAGCCUACCUCCGCGGCUCCGCCUCCAUCGCCAUGCGCCGACUCCAGCCGGGCCGCCUCCACCUCCAGCCGGCGCGCCUCCACUUCCAUCGCCGUAUGCCGCCUCCAGCCGACCCGCCUCCGUCUCCAUCGCCGUGCGCCGCAUCCAGCCAGCCGGCUGCAUCCCGGCCUCGGUGGUGGUCCUGGUGGAAGAUGACAGCCAUGGCCAUGAGAAGCUGAUUUCUUUUCUAAAUCGUGUUCGAUUUGCUUCUUUUCUUGUCUAAAUCGUGCUUGAUUUGAUGGUGCACCAAUUUGUAGUGUGUCAUCUGCGAUCUAAUUGUUUGAUUCAUCGAUCUUGCACUGAUUAUUUGAUUUGUGUUUUAUUGUUCAAACAUAUGUUACGGUUAGUUCGGUCUGAGACCGAACCGAA